AUGAGCAAUACUAGCCAAGAGGAGACUGCAAUUCUCUUCCAGGACACAAAAACAUACCUUUUAGACAUCCCGCAUUCAAUCGCCCUCGCGCAAGAAGGGAGGCCAGCAACACACCAACAACCAUCCCCAGAAUCAAGUUCAGGAACACAAAAAGGCCAUUGCAGGAAGAUCCUGAACCUACUUUCAUGCUCACCUAUCAAAGAACCGUACCCUUCUACUGAGCCUAAAACGCCAGCUGCUCUUGCUAAGGUCCUCAACAAGAUUCCAAUCUCCGAGAAGCGGUUCCACUCGGAACUGAUCCUGCCACUCGUGAGGGAUUCCCUCGAAACUAUCAAGGCUGGGUAUUCCCAUGAUCGCCGAUGGUGUAAGGCUCGAGCGGUGCCUAUUGGGUCUGAAUCUCAUUUUACCACAGCAUCGAAGCAGCAUACACGGAAGCGGCGGAGGGGAAACGAAUACGUGCCCCUAGAGUCUGCGCUGGAUGGCCAUGUUUCAACUGAAAAUGAACCACCAACGAUUCUAUCGACUACCUCGUUGAAUAACUUCGAGUCUUUAUCAGAUCUUGCCAUUGUCAAGAAUCCAUCACCAGAGCACGCAAUCCUCAGGGUUGAAAACUGGUACGGUAGUGAAUUGAUUUCUCAUUCGUGUGAAUAUGUCGUUCCACCUGAGUCAAGCUUUGUGCUUUGUACACUACCUCUAUUUCAAGCCCAAGCCGACCGGCCAUCUGUAUCCAAUGGAUAUCCUAUUCCCGGUCUGCCUCAGUACCGGAAAUUCAAUCUCAUCCUCAUGGACCCGCCCUGGCCAAACAAAUCCGUGCGACGCAGCGGGCAUUACCCAACACAUCAAUAUUCUGAGAUGGAUGUGCUUACCGAAGGGUUACGAGAUAUACUCUGCAUCCACUCACAUGACCCGACAACAAAGCAGGGGCUACGUUCAUCUGAAUCCCACUCGGACCCCAUCCAAAGCGAGCAGUCUAUAGCUGCUAUAUGGAUCACGAAUGCGGACAAAGCCCGACGAGCAGCAUACGAGGCCUUGAGCGGCGCAGGCUUUUGGAUCUGCGAGGAAUGGAUCUGGGUCAAGACUACAUGGGACGGACAACCGAUCUCUGCACUGGACGGGCUCUGGCGAAAACCAUAUGAGAUCCUUGUCAUUGGCCGCAAGGGUAGCCACAAUUCCAACCUCAGUGCUAUUGGCAACGCCAAAAAUGCACCACCCCUGUCUCAAAUGGAUGAUCUGACGCGGAUGAGUGAGGCCAUUACCACGAGACGAGUUAUCGCUGCGGUUCCGGACUUGCAUUCUCGUAAACCGAAUCUGAAAUCGAUUCUUGAGAAUGUGUUUUUCACGGAGACUGGUCAACUCCAGAGUUAUUCUGCCCUCGAGGUUUUUGCGCGCAACUUGACAGCUGGCUGGUGGGCUGCUGGCAAUGAGGUCCUCCGGUUCAAUGAACGGGAGUGCUGGGUCGAUCUUGGGAGUACAAAGAAUACAGACAUGCAUGAAUAUGCAUGA